AACGAUCAUGGGCAGAGGCAUCCUGCUCACUUCCAAUCUACCACAACUUCAAAAUUUGAUCAAAAGAGAUCCUGCAGGAUACAAGGAGGAGUUUUUGCAGCAAUGGAAUCAUUACAAUUCUAUUCGCCUGAUCUUCGAGACCAGUCCCAAUGAACAAGCAACACAUUUCAGGGAGUUGGUGACAUUUAUCUCGCAGGUCGCAACAUGCUAUCCGAAGGAAACUGCUCAAUUCCCGUCUCAAAUGUCCGAGUUGCUAUUGGAAAGCUUCGGAGUUUUGGCCCAAGACACACGCAAAACAUUGGUCCAUAAUCUAGUCAUGUUGAGAAACAAGGACGUGAUCACCUCCAUCGAUCUUCUCAAAACAUUAUUUCCGUUGCUUCCAAGGACUACCUCCGCUACCCUCCGCACUUUUAUCCGAAAAACCAUCCUAUCCGAUAUCCGAACCGCCAACAUCCGCAGUAAGAACCAUAAGCUCAACCGCGCUGUUCAGGCUAUGUUAUUCGGGAUGGUUGAACGAGGCAUGGAAGGCGAAGUUACUGGAGAUAAGGGCAAGCUGAGGGCCACUAUAGCCGGGCCUACCACCGAAAGGACCGCAAACCAUGGAGAGGAUGCGAUGUGGGCCGUUAUUCUCACGAAAGAAUUAUGGAGAAAGCGCAUUUGGAACGAUGCCAAAUCCGUUUCUAUCAUUGCUCUCGGCUGCUUCCACCCUGUAAUCAAAGUCCAGAGUGCAUCCAUUCACUUUUUCCUUGGAAGUGAUCAAGAGAAAGAAGAUAGCGACGAUGAAUCCGAUGAUGAAGUUGAUGUUAGAGCUCUUCACCAUCGUCGGGAAGUCAACAAGAAAACCAGGAGUGGGGACAAGAAAUUGCAGAAACAGCUGAAUAGCGCCAAGAAAAAGAAACAUAAUAAAACCGACACUCAGGUCAAUUUCUCGGGGUUGCAGUUGCUCAAUGAUCCCCAAACUUUCGGCGAGAAGUUAUACGACAUCCUCAAUCGCUACGACAAGAGGUUUUCGUUGGACCAUAAAAUUCUCUUGAUGCAGCUUCUCUCUCGGGUCAUGGGCUCUCACAAACUCUGUGUGCUUGGCUUCUAUACAUAUGUCGUGAAGUAUCUGACAUAUCGGCAAUUGCGCGUCCCUUCCAUCCUCGUUGCUUUGGCACAAUCUGUUCACGACUUGACUCCUCCGGAUGCUGUUGAGCCUGUCAUCAGAAAGCUCACACACGAAUUUGUGCAUCCAGGAGUUGCCAGCGAAGUCAUCGCUGCUGGAAUCAACGCUGUCCGCGAAGUGUGUCGUCGGCAGCCAUGGGCCAUGGAGGAAGAUAUGCUCGGAGAUCUCAUCGAAUAUCGCAAGAGCCGGGAUAAAGCGGUUACGGCAGCCGCUCGGGGCUUACUCCAACUCUAUCGCGAGGUUAACCCUGCUUUGCUCAAGCGACGGGAACGAGGUAAAGAGGCUAGCAUGGGACUGGCUGGCGGGUCACAGCCCCUUCCUUUUGGUCACAGCGCGGAUGCUGCAGUUGACAUCGAGGGCCUCGCCUUGCUCGAGGAUCACUUGCAGCAGCUUCGCGAAGAGGACAGCAACGUCAUGGAAGAGGACGACGAAGCGGCCUGGGAAGGCUGGGACGUCGACUCAGACUCUAGCGACUCGGAAUCUGAGGGAUGGAUCAACGUCUCAGACAACGAGGAAGAUCUCCAUAUCUCCGACAGCGAUGACGAGAACGAAAAGAAGCCUGUUGUUCCUCUUGAAGAAUUCGAUCCUGCGAAUCGCAUCUCAACUCUUGCCACAACCAAAAUUCUCACUCCGGCAGACUUUGCCUUGUUGAACGACUUACGAAUUCAAGCUGCGACAAAAGCCAUAGAGGCCGGUGGUGGAUCUCACGCCAAGCGCAAAUUGGCCGACCUCGAAGCGCACAAGAAAGCGGUUCAAGCCGGCCAAGAUCAAGACGACUCAUUCAUUUCCGAAAACGACAUUCUAGGCCCCCGGAAAAAGGCCAAGGCAGAUUACGCAGAGCGUAUGGCGUCUAUAGCCAAGGGCCGGGAAGGCCGUGAAAAGUUUGGUUCAAACAAGGGUAAAAAGAAUAAGGAAGCCCCAAGCAGCUCGACAAAUAGAGAGAAAGCGCGGAACAAACCAAUCAUGAUGAUUAUGGGCAGCAGCGCCGUCCGGGGCAAGAAAAAGGCAUCGCUGCGGGAAAAGCAGCAGAAGCUGCGCGCCCACAUCAAAAAAUCAAAGAGGUAG